GUAAAUUUUCACAGUUAAUUAACAAAGCACAAGUAAAAUGGCGCGCCAGUUUUGUUUGAGUCUAUUCGUUAUUAUUGCGUGUCUAUGGGACGUUCAAACAGGAUGGGCAACUCAUAUUUCAAAGAUUGCAAAAAAAAAGACGCGUUCACAGUAUUCGCAGUGGAGUUCUUGGUCAUUAUGCAGCAAAUCUUGUGGCGAAGGAAUAAGGAAAAGAAUAAGAAGCUGUUUAACAAGAAACAAAUUAUGUUCGGGGGAAACAAACGAAUCAAAACAUUGUUUUCUCAGAUUUUGCCCAAGUUAUUUAAGCUGGCCUAGAAUACACUUCAGUGGAAAGUUAGUUGCUGAUGUUAAUACGGUCAACAACAUCCGAUGCGCUUAUGACAAUGAAGAAUUUUCAUCAGCGGAAUUGAAAAAGCAAUUUAAAGGACUUUUCGAACAGGCAGGAACACACACGUAUUACAAAUUUGCGACAAACAAUUGGAAUCCAGAUGGGACGAAUCAAAUAUAUUUCCAGGAUACUUUUGUUACGUCAUUCUGCCAAUCGCCUCAGAAUUGUUCUACGACUGAUCCAAUCGUUGGAUUACAAGUAACAGAGCCAGCUCGUGGAAUCAUGGCAGUUUUAGACGUGGACUGGCAAUUUGCUACCGAAAUUUGGGGAUUCAAAGUGCUAAUUCCAGGAGUUUUGCAAGGAAACUUCAUGAAAUCUUCACAUCAGAUUGAAGCCCAACGACUGGUGGAGUACUUGGACAAAAGUAGGGGAUACUCAACACCUACGAUGAGCCGGUAUAAAAGUAAACUCGUCAAUGUUACAUGGAACGAUCAAUAUUAUCAAAUAUUAUUCAAAAACUCAACGGAACUUUCAAUUAGUUUUGUAAUGGACUUAUACAAUCAAGAAUCACUCGAUGGAAGAAUUUCUGGGACAAUAGGUCUCUCAUCGGAAGAAAAUCCGGUUCAAGUGAUGGCAACAAGAUCCAUGCUGCCUUCUGCUAUUAAUGUUUGCGGUCCCGCUUCUUUCUUUGUUCACCAUGACUCUAAAGUGUUGACUAUUGAUCUUUCGUAUUCAAUUAUUGGAAGAGAAGACGGAAGAUUUGUAGCAAGUGAUGUGGGAAUGUUAGACUUGGCAAUUUUGAUGACUAAACAGACUUUCUGCAAACAUUUCCUAUUUGACGACCUCCGAUCGUGUAUUAGUAAUUGGAAUGACAAAACACUCACAUGGAGAUGGAUAACAACUGGUGGAGAAAUAUCUCGGCGUAUAGGAAAUGAUGGUUCUUGGUACAAUACAUAUGGAGGAAUCAUGGAUAUCAGUAUUAAACAUCUUGAUACAAUUACGUUGAGACUUCUACGCAGCAAACGAUUAGCAAUAAUGAAAAAAAUUCCAGAUGGAACCGUCGUUGUUUAUAUGAGGGAAAACGCAAAAGGUGUCGUCAUUGGAUUGAAAGUAAAAUCAAUUGUGCGACUUAAUCCGGGAGAAAGUCACAUUUUUAAAGGAUUUGUAUCGGCAUUCGGAAAGCCGGUCAAAGGGGCUCAAUUAGACAUCUUGAUAUCAAAGAACAUGUUAGCGAACACAGACUGCGGGAGGCCUUCGUGUAACAGGUCGAUGGGGAUACCAGAAGAUGCGUUGCAUAUUACGCAUUAUCGCAAAUCUUAUACAGACCAAAAUGGCGAGAUAAAAAUAAAUUUGACCGCAGUAAAAGAUCCGGGAAAUAUUCGUGGGUGCGGGUUGGAUGGACAGAUAUAUCCACUAAGACUGUUCGCAAGAUAUAAAUCAAAAACAUUUGCUGAAAUAGGACAGAUUAAUCCUUAUGGAAACAUGAGGAAGGAGGCGGAUUUUAACACACAAACCCUGUCUAUUGCUGUCCGUAUAUACAACUCUGUGAAAAAGAUAACAUGUCCGACGUGGCAAGAUGUGAAAGGUAUAUUUAUUCAGUAUUAUAAUUUAUAUCCUGCAAUGUGGAAAAAUGGAAUCAUUGAUUUACAUUCAUACGAGAAUGUCGUACGAAGAUUCAGAAUGUUGAAAGCUGCAAUGUUUGAAACCGAUUUUAACGACGCAAGGUACAUGCCAAUAACAAGAGAUCUGUCUGAAGGAAACAAAAAGUUAAUAUGGAAUUGGAUGAAAUGUGGAAUGAAGAAAACGGAACCGACGUCUGAAACAAAAUCAACAACCAAAAUAUGCACGGAUGAUUCAAUUGCAAAAGAUUUAGAAGAUAUCAGAAGACAUUUACAUAAAGCUGUGAUGCUGGAACUUUCAACAAUCCCGCCGUAUGUAACAGCAUGGUUGAGUUUGAAAACAGAAUAUGGAAGAAAUAAAGAAGUUGCUGAUAUUUUGAAAUCUGUUUUCAACGAAGAAAUGCUUCAUAUGUCAUUGGCUGGAAAUGUCUUGAAUGCGGUAGGCGGUGUUGUGAACAUGACUGACGAAUCAAAGCUUCCUAUUUAUCCAAAUAUAUUAGCUUCGGGUGAUUCCUAUGAAUUAUGCCCAGAUGUACAAGUUUCUCUUGGGGCAUUUUCUUUGGGACUGGUUGAAGAUAUUUUCUCGAAGAUUGAAAAACCAUCAAAUGCGAGAGGGCGAAAGCUGUUGCAUGUGCUUGGGGAGAUAUGGCAAUUGUUGCCCAAUAAUUCGCACAACAACACAAGAGAUACCUCGCAAUACACCACAACAAAUAUGAAGAAACUUAAUGAGGAAAUUUCUAAAAUUGAAAACAGUAAAUCUAAAUUUAACCUUUCGACUCCUAAUUUAACGGCAAACGCAAAAAGUCAAAGCGAAAUAGAUCUGCAGGCUUGGCAAAAUUUGGGUAAUUUUGCCGAAGAAAAACUGCGUGAAAUUAUCAGUUUUAAUGGGAAAACAGUUGGGGAAUUUUAUAGUAUCAUCGCAUUAAAAAUGGCAUCCCUUGAAGCAUGCGUUCGCGUUAGAAAUAUGCAGCAACAAAAAUAUACAUCGAAUAAUACAACCGUGGAUACUAUAUUUUCUGGCGGAAUAAAUAAACAGCUGAAUAUCUCUCAUUGGUAUCAACAAAGCAAUAGUAUCCUGUUUCAUGAUUCGAGCAAAAAUAGUAGGGAGAACACAGACUCGUACUUCUCCUUUCAUGAAGCUUCAGGAAAUAGCAUCUUCGUGGAGGAUGCAGAAUCGAAAGCCACUCGACCACCUUUAUUUGAGGUUACCGACUUGAAAACAGCUUUGGAAGCUAUUGUAGAAAUUGUUUACCAAGGAGAAGGGGGAUCGGAUUGUUCUCCUUUCGUUACGAAACCACAAUUGUACGCAAGUGAACGUGGUCGAAAUCGUGGAUCAGAAUUGUCCCAUUAUUACCGCUUUCAAGAAAUUGUACAUGGAAGAAAACUUAUUAAGGUGAAAGAUAUUCCACGCUGGAACGAAUUGCGCUGUCUGAACUCAUCCACGGAGGGCUCUUGUUCAAAUAUUUCAAAAGCAGGAGAAAUGUUUUGUUAUGCCGGUGAUCAAAUUACAUUUUAUCAGGACGGCGUUUGGCCGCUAUUGAAUAAUCCAAAACAGGGCCAAUAUAGAAAAGGUUCAAAAGCUUAUGCACUACAUCACCAAUUCAAUGUACUAUAUACUCGACUUUUGUUUUGCAUUCAAGAAGCUUUCGGUGGAAACCCUUCAAAUAUGAAACGAUGCAUGAGUAUAAUGUACGACAUGACAAUAGUUGGUAAAAGAUUAGCUAGAACUCCUUUGCGAGUUCCAGGAAAUUCAACAACUGUUGAACUUGGAACUACAGGACGUAAUGGUUGCCCAACAUGGUCUUUCAUUAGAGAGAAACCCUUUAGAGCUGGAUUGCCGAUUCGAACAUAACCCGCCAAGAUCUCAACCCGCUUCAGUAUUAAUUGAAACGUCGUUUGUUAGAUCGCUAGGUAAUACAAAUAAUAUAUCGAAGGCAAAGGCAAAUGAGGUAAUUGAAAUGAGAUGUUGCACAAUUAGUGAUAUAUAUAUCAUAACCUAACAGGCUCUAGUUAAUAAUUCGAGGAUGGGAUAACAACAAAUACAGCAUGCAUCACAAGAUUUCAUCUAUUAGUGUACAUCAGGUAUAUUUGAUUGUUCGUGUUUAUUGAUUUAAAACCGUCUUUCACGUGUUUCAUUUGUACUGAAAAAUGAAAAGAUUGGUUGCAAGAUUCAGUAGUUUUAAACAUCAAAUGACAGCUCCCAAACAUGACUCAUAAAAACGAACCAUGCAACACGUAUAAUGGACAAUUUGAAUGUCGAUCACUAAAUCAAAUGUUGACUAAUUUAUCGAAAUAAUACAGUUUUAUGGUAACCAAAUUCUAAUGCUUAACAAACCUAACUUAACUUGGACUUAUAUUACUUGAAAUUUAUAGGGUUAAUCAUUAUGCACUUUUUUCCUAUUAAUUUUUCUUUACUGAAAACCCAAACGAUAGAAGAAUAAAUUAUUAUAUGAGCACUAACGUUGAAUUCACUGAAUGCGUAAGCUUUCUAUUCAAAUCUAUAGAUGUAUUCUUUUUUAUUUAAUAAAAAAUAGAACAAAUUGUGCAAAGACGUCGAAGAGUAUACUUAGAUUGUUUGUCGCAAAAUGGAUGUCUUUCAAAAUGCACGCACUUUUUAUGAAACGUUAGUAUGCUUGUGGAACGUCAGCAGUUAUGACACCGGU